CCAGGUCACCCGAUAGAAGCAACAUGUCUGCGCCCUGAACACAUGUGUAAAUAAAAAUGGAGAGUAGAAUAACCUUACCCAAGGGUUAACAUAAGCAAAACGUUUUGAAAGUAUCCACUUGUGCAGUGGAAACGGAUUUCAGAAAUGACCCUACGGCUUUACGAGACGUUUGUACGCAGAUCUCUGCUAUUUUCAACGAUCCGCAAACUGACAGCAGCUCCAAAACAAUCGCCACUGUAUCUGCGAGUAUCAGGUUGCUCAGAUUUCCGUCCACAGACAGUAAGGAAAUGUCUCUUUCACUGUACUCCGGCCAGUUUGGUGUCUUCAGAUGCUUUUUUGGACAAAUUGCAGAAGGGGAGACCGGUUGUGUCCGAUGAGGGUCUCUGUCAUCACCCUGUCUCUGUUUCAUCGGACAGCGGUCAUCAAUUUUCCUUAUUGCUAAAGGAACCUGAUCAACCUGAAAAUGCCAAAUCUCUUAAAGUAGCAAUAGUGGGCUCACCGAAUGCAGGGAAGUCCACACUGACCAAUCAGUUGCUGGGUCGGAAGUUGUUUGCGGUUUCUGAGAAAGUGCACACAACAAGAGCACGUGCUGUUGGCGUCCUGACAGAGGAUGACACACAAAUCAUUCUGUUGGAUACCCCUGGCCUCACCACAUCAAUAAAGGCUAAAAGACACCAGCUGGAGAAAUCGCUCCUAGUGGAUCCUUUUGAGUCACUACAAGAAGCUGAUCUAGUGGUGGUGUUAGUUGACAUGUCUGAUAAAUGGACCCGCAGUAAGCUGGACUAUGAGGUGCUGAAAUGUCUGGCCCUGAACUCUGAUGUCCCUGCCAUCCUUGUCCUCAAUAAGGUGGACCUUCUGAAGAACAAAACGCUGCUGCUAGACAUCACGGCACAACUGACUGAGGGGGUGGUGAAUGGAAAGAAGAUUAAGAUCCGUGGCGCAGUGAAACAAUCUAUGAAAUUAGCAGCUGAACCACACAACACUGAAAAAACUCUUUCUGAGAGCACGCAGGACGGGGUGUCUCAGGAGGGUCAGGACAAAGACAGACUGAGCCAAGAGACGCUGAAGGCCCUGAGGAGCCGCAGGGGGUGGCCUCAUUUUAAGGACGUAUUCAUGUUAAAUUCUCUUGACAGAGAAGAUGUGGAAACAUUAAAGAGGUACCUGUUCGAAGGUGCAAAGCCUCGCCAGUGGCAGUACCACAGUGAAGUACUGACCGAUCAGGGUCCGGAGGAGGUGUGCAAUAACACCAUCAGAGAGAAACUACUACAGUAUCUCCCUAAGGAGGUGCCGUACACUAUGUCGCAGCAAAUUGAAAUCUGGAAGGAGUGUGAGGAUGGGGUGCUCAAUAUAUCCAUCAAACUAUACGUGAAGAAAGACACUCAUAUGAAAAUGGUUAUUGGUCCUGGAGGUCAGUUGAUAACCAGAAUAACCCAGGAAGCUGAAAAUGACCUAAUGAAGAUUUUCUUGCGUAAUGUGCGUUUAAAAAUCUCUGCGAAGCUGCAGAAGUGAGGUUCACAGUUCAGAUGACGAAGGUCAGAGACUGAUGCAUACAGAGGGAUACGGAAACAUGAAAAGUGAUUUAAAAGUGAAGAAAUGGACUUGAACUGAAAAUCUGUUAUAUUUUGGGUUAUAAUGUGAGGUUGAUCUCAACAGACCCUCUUCAUUUCUCUAAACUGAAAUUCAAGUUGAUCAAAGCCACAUUACAUGGUUGUCUUAAUUAUUUCAGUUACAAUUUCAAUAGCACAAUUGUAGUAUCACAGCUGACUGUGCCAGUUACAUAUCUUGCUGCUUUUGAUUUAUAAAAAUGUCUUUAUAUUCAUAAAUGGCAAAAGUAUAGAAUCACAUAGUUCUGCUUUGAGGGUCAGGACAGGUUCACUUU